AUGCCUGCACAUCUCAUCUCCCGGCGUCCAUCUCCGACCACAGCGUCAUUUACGGUUUCCAAUGCCUCCAGACAUACUAGCACUCCGGCGAAGCUGUUCUUCUACUUGCAGUUUCUUGUACGCGGGAUAAUAUUUGCGGGGGUACUAUCGUUCCACGCCGCGCGAUUCCGGCAUGUCUUCUUUUCACAAGACUCGCUUGUACCCUGGUCAACAGUGUGGUCGAGUCCGUUAGGGAUUUUUGUUUGUCGAGUCGCCGACACAUCCAAUUUCGCUGUCGCGGCUGUUGCCAGCGCACUGGUGCUAUACGGAGUGCUCUUGAAAGGCUACACAGAGGAGUCCCUUCUCGUUAUCCGCGGUCUGGGCAUUCAGACGUCCACAUCUUCACCCAGCUACCUAUUCAAAGCUGCGACGAGAUUCAUCCCGACGACGGAGAUUCAGGACAUUGUCAUACAUGAAGCUUUCAAGGGGUUUGAAGUGCGCUUCUACCUUGCGGUAGUUGUUGUGGGUGAACCGGAGGUUGUUGUGGUUUUCCCAAAGCUCCUCCCGAACAGAGCAAAGCUAGAGGAAGUUUGGAGAGGCUCUCGACAUUGCCUUUACGAUUCAAAGCCAUGA